AUGUACGAGAAGUUCUUCGGCAAGUGCCCCACCCUGGGCUUCCUCAGCGGCAGCGCGGCCGAGGCCGAGGGCCUCCUCGGGCUCGCCUUCGGCUUUGCCUUCCUCUCCGGCGUGGCCGCCGCGCUGAACAGGCACAGGCCCGCGGGGGCCCCCGCGGUAGAGCCCAGCCCCCGGAUGCAGCUGGCCUGCUACGACGGCGGGGGCGCGCGGUACGGCGAGCACACGGACUGCGAGGAGCGGGGCGGGGCCCUGCGCAUGCACGGCGCCACCCCGGGCGCGGAGGUGGACGUCAUGCCCGAGGGCGGAACGCUCGUCCUGCCGACCUCCCACCGGCGCAUGGCGCUCACGAUGUGGCUCCUGGACCCAAAGGCGUGA